AUGGAGGUUUUGCUGCGUGCAGCGGACGAGCGGGUCAGCUGGAAGCAGACCGGAACACCAGAGACACCAGCGUACGCAUUUCUCCCCGGGGUUUACACGUCCAUAGCAGCCCAGGCUGCUACCGCACAACCGCAACAGCAAGAAGACAAUGCCAAUGACUCGGCCACCAAGCCAAAGUCCGCAAUACCGCAGCAGCAGCCCUCGCCUCUGCCCAGUGCUGAGACUGGUGAGGGCGACGGGAGCAAGACCCGGAUCAUACUCCACGGAGACAACACCUUCGAGUACGUGUGGACCAUGAAGCGCAGUGGUGCGCGCGCGAUGGAAUUCACCGUGGAAAUGGAGGGCGUUUGGAGCAAGCCUGUGCUAAAUCGCACUCGAAGAGGCGAAGAGGACCAGCGCAUUUUCCUGUCGGCAAAGCGGGUCCGCUUCCAACGACUGUCGAACUAUGGUACCACGGGCGCCGCCCUCCCGGCGCAGAUCCUGUCGAACUCGCCUGCAUGCCGGAUCCUAGCGGGACUGACCAAGAAGAUCGCCAACAAGCUCGGCGCGCCGGUGGACGUGAUGACCGAGAAGUGGCUCCCUGCUCGAGGGGUGCGGCUUGCUCUCGCAGAGGACGCGAACGGCGUGAAAGUCAAGCAGUUCAAUCCCUUCUACUGGUACGUUCUCGAAUUGGCAUUGCGCUGUUCAGGUAGCGGUGUCUUAAUACGUUACUGCUGCAAAUGCCCCGCGCAGCUUGGCCGAGGCGCUGCGCAGCGGCAGUCUCUCAACGAAGAUGGAGCCAACGCCGCCGGAGAGCGCCUGAGCGAGCGCUUCUUUAUCUUAGUGCAUUGA